CGCUGUCAGGACUUUCAGAGCGAUCUGCUCAGAGUAUCAGAUGCAUGUUUCCGUUGAGCGAUCAGCCUGUGAACAGAUGCAGUCCCACUGUUUUGGCCCCUGGAAUAUCUGUGCUAUUUAUCUAAAUAGUGUUCUAAACGGCGCCGGUCCCGCCUUCUCGUUUUAGAGAUGAAAUCCUACGCUAUUUUUUGGUUCUCCGUGUAAUAAAUACGUGUGAAAUGUAUACAUUUGGCAAGUUUUAAAUGAAGGUAGAGGAACUACGAUAUCUAGAAAUGUUAGACCUUUUGGUGCAGCAGUAAAAUGGCUGGUUAUGUUUAUGAGAGACCUGUCACUGGAUAUUUAAGCUUGUGUCCCUGUGCUGUGUUGACAGCAGGCACUGUCUUACAUAGACUCAAUUUAUUUCUGGUUCUGGCUGAAGGUCUUUUGAGUUCUGACACUGCCGUAUCAACUAGGAAUAAAUGGUUGGUUUAUUCAGAUGAAAAUCCUAUGGGAAAGAGCCGAAAGACCACGGCAUGCAUGUGACCAAGAAAAGCAUGAAUUUCAAAAUGAAAGGGUCUUCUGUGCAGACACCCAUGUCACCCUAAACAGAUACUUGCUUUCUUACUAAAUUCAAAAUGGCAGGGUGUCUCAGAGCGGACUUGCGGUAGUGAUGUCACACACUCAGAGAAGACAUUCCCUGAAUUCUUGAGUGCAUCAGUUUUACCCAUGAAUGCCAGGGGGCUGGGUGUCAGGUUACACUCCCUCAAGGAUAAAAGGAAAGAGGAGGAACCAGACUGGCAAGAUCCCACAACUGCAGAGGUGAUGUCUGGAUAUUUGUCAGCUGACGGUGUUGUUCAGUGAAAUCAGCCCCACACUUGUUGUGUCAGGAACUCUGUGAAUUUAGUUCCUUUCCGAAGUUCACGGAGAGUAGCUGACUGCUUUUUGAUCUCGGUGUUCUACCGAUGCUUUCUUCUUCUGCCGAUCAAUAUAAAAUAUUAAACAAUUUCCCUUUAUAAUAUUUACAUGAUGGUCCUCCACUGUUCUUGUUUCUCAUUCUUGUGCGUGGAACUCAACAGACCCACGUAUGACAGGGAGUGGUCAUUCAGCAACAUAAAAUGUCAGCUUUAUUUGUUUUGACAGACAAUUUGAUGGUUACAUAAGAAAUUACAUAAGAAAUUUACAAACGAGAGGAGGCCAUUCAGCCCAUCAAGCUCGUUUGGGGAGAACUUAACAAAUAGCUCAGAGUCGUUAAAAUCUUAUCUAGCUCUGAUUUAAAGGAACCCAGGGUUUUAGUUUGCGCUACACUAGCAGGAAGACUAUUCCAUACUCUAACUACACACUGUGUAAAGAAGUGCUUCCUCAAUUCAUUUUAAAAUGUUCUCCCGCUAAUUUCCACUUAUGGCCACGAGUUCUAGUAUUUAAACUAAUAUUGAAGUAACCAUUUGGCUGAACAGCAUCCAGACCUGUUAGAAUCUUAUACACCUGGUUCAGGUCCCCCCUUAGUCUCCUUCGCUCAAAGUGGAACAGAUUCAGCUCAGCUAACCUCUCCUCAUACAACAAGGCAAACAUUUACUCGCAGAGUCCCAGCACCAGCCUUUAUGUCCCUAGAAUUUUUUUUUUUACUGCUCUGCAAUUUAAACUGAACGUCUAUUUGACCAUGAUGCACAGCACCAUGUGCAUUUACCUGGAUUUUCUCAAAACACUAGUUAGGUAGCACACAAUCAGGACAGACUGCUGGGUCACUGGAAUGAAUGAUAGGUUUAAUGGAGGAGAAGUAGGCCUUGACGUAUGUGUAUUAUUCCAUGUUGCUGCCUGGGGUCUGUCUUAUAGCAUCACAUUUAUUACAUAUGGAAGCAGGAUGAGACCCACGUGUUAGCUUGCUGUUGAUAUGGAAGCCAUUUUAAAAGCCAAAGGUUUUUGACAGCAAUGUUCCAGAAUGAUUUAAAUCUCUACCUGCCAAGUGUUUCAUUUUGGUUGGAAUUUUCUUGGUUUCUUGUAGCAUUUAAACAUUCAGUUAGAUGACCUAGUCUCUCCUGUCAGCCAAGGAAGCUGCCUGACCUUCACAUGCCUAUUUUUGGCUUUUGGUUCAGGUUACGUUUUGCGACAGGACGUAAUCAUUGGAUCAGCAGCUGAAUUGGGAGACUUAGUUUUUUCUGGUAUUAGUGGUUGUUAUUUUGAUAUAAAGUUUUAUUGCGCUGUGUCAAAUUUUGAGUAAUAUCAGGUUGAAAAUUAUUAUUUUUUGUGGUCUGUGCUGUAAUAUAGAAUUCUGUUUUGUCUUUCACUGCCUUAUGUUUAAAUCACUGUAAAAGUUUCUGGGUGAGAGUGCAGUUUGUCCUGGUAGUCUGUGGCUUCAAACUCUAAAUUACCCCCCUCUUCGUGAUCUGUGAAGCAGAUCCCCACUGGGGAGAAAACGGUAGGAACUAGUGUCUCCGCCCCUCACCCCAUUCCCUGUCGUCAUGCUGGCUGCCGCCUCUUCCCCUGGAGGCAGUCAGGUGACCCAGUCUGGGGCUCUUGUAGGGGAGGGACCGCUGCCGCCUCCUUUUCUCUUACCCGGGUCCCCGUUGGCGCCACUGCACAUGUGCUCAAGGGGGGAAAGGAAGCAGCAAUGUGCAGCAAGAAGGCUGAACUGACCCAGACAGCCCUGCUGAAGAUCUGGGUGCCGUGGACAGGUCCCAGCCAGAGGACGGGGUCCACCGUGCCUCAGUUUACCAACUCACCUACCCUGAUUGUGAUGGUGGGACUACCAGCUAGAGGCAAGACAUACAUCUCCAAGAAGCUCACUCGCUACCUCAACUGGAUUGGAGUGCCUACGAAAGUGUUCAAUGUGGGUCAGUAUCGCCGGGACGCCGUACAGACAUACAAGAACUAUGAAUUCUUCCGUCCAGACAAUGAGGAAGCCAUGAAAAUUCGGAGGGCCUGUGCCAUGGCUGCCUUGAAGGAUGUUUGUAUCUACUUCACCCAGGAUCUGGGCCAGGUGGCGGUGUUUGAUGCUACCAACACCACGCGAGAACGCCGGGACGUCAUCCUGAACUUCUGCAAGGAGAAUGGCUACAAGGUCUUCUUCGUGGAGUCGGUGUGUGACGAUCCAGAAAUCAUAGCAGAAAAUAUUAUGCAAGUCAAGCUAAGUAGCCCAGACUAUAAGGACUGUGAUAAGGAUGAGGCCGUGGAGGACUUUCUGAAGAGGAUUGAGUGCUACAGGACCACAUAUGUGCCCCUGGAUGAUGAACUGGAUAGAGAUCUGUCCUACAUCAAGAUCUUCAACGUGGGCUCCCGGUACCUGGUGAACCGGGUUCUGGACCACAUCCAGAGCCGCAUCGUCUACUACCUGAUGAACAUACACGUGACCCCACGCUCCAUUUACCUCUGUCGGCAUGGGGAGAGUGAGCUGAACCUUCUGGGUCGUAUCGGGGGUGACUCAGGCCUGUCUUCACGGGGCAUUCAGUUUGCCACCACCUUGGGCAGAUUCAUCCAGAGUCAGUCAAUCAGGGACCUCAAGGUGUGGACAAGCCACAUGAAGAGGACUAUCCAGACAGCAGAGGCACUGGGAGUGCCUUACGAGCAGUGGAAGGCCCUCAACGAGAUCGAUGCUGGAGUGUGUGAGGAGAUGAUGUACGAGGAGAUCCAGGCGAAUUACCCUGAGGAAUUUGCACUGAGAGACCAAGACAAGUAUCGAUAUCGUUACCCUAAGGGGGAGUCCUAUGAAGACCUGGUUCAGCGGCUGGAGCCAGUGAUCAUGGAGCUGGAGAGGCAGGAGAAUGUGCUUGUGGUGUGUCACCAGGCUGUAAUGCGCUGCCUGCUAGCUUACUUCCUGGACAAGAGUGCAGAUGAGCUUCCAUACUUGAAAUGUCCCCUGCACACGGUUCUGAAACUCACUCCAGUCGCCUACGGCUGCAAAGUGGAAUCCAUUUACCUCAACAUUGAAGCUGUGAACACGCACAGGGACAGGCCAACGACAGCCCAGUGUAGCCCGGUGCCCCUGUACCGCCACAGGCGUGCCCGGCCCUUGGCUAGUCCUGCACCAACCAAAACACCUUGUCUCCAGGAUCUGGGUCAGACUCCAGACAGUCUGCAGAAUGUGGACAUUACAAGGGACCCGGAAGAAGCCCUAUUAACAGUGCCAGAGCACAUCUAGAGAGGAUAAGGGGUUAUUGCAGAAGAAACUACAGUGGAGGGAGUCAUACUGCUCUGUUUUGCCUUUAUGUGGAUGAAGGAGUAGCAUUUCACUUCAAAAUUGGGAAUUAUAGGGGAUGUGUUGCCGCUUGCCAACUCCAUGGAUACAGCAGCAGUGAAGACUACAAAACCAUGAGGACUGAUGAAUCCAAAAGGCCUUUUUAAUCAGCCUGGUGUUUCUACCUAUUUAGCCAACAGCAAUCAAGAUGAUCGGAUGAUUCCACACGGUAGGAUGCGGCCUGAAGCCCUUGGAAGUGUUGCUAAUUGAUGGGACACAAAUGGCUCGAAUCCUGAAUCAGGAAAACCAGUCCCCUUUCAAAGGGAGAGUACAGCAGGACAAUUACCCAUCAUGCAAAGGACAAGGCAGAGCAAUCACAAGGUGGACGAGCUGAAAGGCACGUGUCAUUCUGGAGAUCAGAAGCCAUACUCAGGGAAGCAGAAACAGGUAGGAUGACGAGGGUCACAGACUAACCACCUAAUGCUCCUCUAGGGACGACCGAGGUUCUCUCCAUGUCAAUAAGUACAUCAGCAAUGGAAGACAGUGACUUUUCUUCAAGAAAGAUUCGGCUUCCAUUAACACAGCAAGCCAAGCAGUGGAGCACACAUCACUUUGAUUACAGUGAAGAGCAGCAGAUCCGGUGUUGAUGCAGGACAGAUGUCUUCUAUGUGCUAUCAUCAGCUAUGGUCUGCUAUGAACUUAAUGUGACUGUCAUCUUAAAAUUUGUUAUUCAUUUAUGAAUAACGAAUGCAAAAAUAUAUGAUCUGACAGGGAAAAUUUUCCUGGAUUAUAUUGAAAGGUCAUCCUACAGCUUGAUAUUUUACGGCAGGGUUUCUUAGAAAUUUCCAGUAUUUUUUUUUUAAAAACCGCCUUAAGAUUGUUGUGUUCUCACUCAUCUCAAACAUCAUCUGGACAAAACUAAAUCGGACACGUCGGAGAGAAUAAUCAAUCUCAUACUUAAAAAUACACUGCUGCCUGCUUCGUCCUGUCAUGUCACAACCCUCGAGGCUGCAGAAUGUUUCUCACACAGCAGACCCACGUGCAGAGCGCAGAUAAACAUAUUGUGGCGAGUACGUGAGUUAUUUUAAUAAAAGAAAUGACAGCUCUUUUGAAA